UAAUAGUAACUAAAAUACAGUUCAGUAGCCACACAUCAUCCGAACAGUAGUUUUUUUUCACAACAGAUACCUUCAUUUGUACAAAAAUUAAACAUGGCAUUGAUCUUAUUAGUUUAUUUAAUAUUAAUGACAACAACAGUUAUUAACAUACUAGCAAUUACUGUACCAGAACAGAAUGAAUCAAAUAGGGUGCCAAAAUCACUGCUGGAAAAAGUUCUUUAUCCUAAAACUAAAAUUCAAUCCACAAUAAACCACCAUUCAACCGAACUACAUAAUUCAUUUGGUGUUUCUGGAAAUGUUGGAAUCGGAUUUCAUUUUGGGAGCGGAUAUAGAAUAAAAAACGGUGAUGGGAAAGAAGAACAAGAAAUUGUGCACAAAAAAAUUUAUGACAAGUAUUUGGGUACUAGUUUUGGCUUUGGAUCUUUGGGGAAUAAUAAAAAAGGACAUGUUGAAAAUGUUGAACAAUCAAUUUCGGCAGAUCAAAACAAUAUUUAUCACGAUGAAGUUAAUUUAAUGGAUCAAGAGAACGAAAAUGAAUUAAUUCCAGUGACAACAGAAACAGCAAAACCAAAGGCUGGAGUCUUUAGAAAAAUCAGUAACUAUUGGACAGCUGAACAAACAGAACCCAAAAGUGACUAUACCAGCAGCGGUAUUUUUAAAUGGACUAUGCAAAAAUUAAAAAAUAAAAAUAAUGUUGGAACACCUAGAUAAGAAAAAAUUAACGUACCUAUUUUUAUAUAAAUCUAUAGUAUUAUUAUAUAUAUACAUAAAUAUAUAAUAAUUAGGUAGAUACUUACAAAAGUAUUUUUUAAUUUUAAUAUCACAAUGGUUUAAGAAGCACUUAAGUAAAUUUAUGCAUAAUUAUUAGUUAUUGAUACACUAUAAUUUCAAAAAUUCAAAUAAUUAGUAAUCCUUGAUUUACAAUUAACACGAUUAAAAAGCAAAUCUGUAUUCUGUAUUUAAGAAAUCUAUAUUUUUCUGUUGUUUUCUUUAUAUGUUGAUAACACAGAUAACAAUAUUUUGAUUUUUUGAUAACCCGAAAUUUACAGUUAUAUACCUACUUAUAUAUUAUAAUUUAUAAUAAUAAAUAUGGACCAUAUUACAUGGUGGAUACCUACAUAAAUACAUAAUCAAUAUUUAUUAUUUAUUACGCACAACAGGCAACAGCCCUGUUUAAUACGAGCGUCUUUUAAAAUUAAUUUAAUAUCAAGUAUCAACUAUGGCCUGUGAUCAGCGUAGUGGAAAGAGGAAAGCAUGCAUUCAGAAUCAAUUUUCCAUAGACUUAUAAUAAUAUAAUAAUAUAAUAUUAUAAGUCUAUGCAAUUUUCGAUGGGCGGGGGGAAGGAGACUAAAAUAUUUUUAAUACAUGAACUGAAAUAAUACAUAAAGUUAUAGUUGUUAGGUUUUGUUUCCUACUUUAAAAAUUUCUGGAGAUGAUUUGAACUUCCAUGUACAGGGCCGCUUUGGUCUGGCGAUCUAGAUAGGUACAGAGUAAAAUUUGGUGAGCCACUCAAAAUAUGGGCCUAUGCCCUGUUUUGAGUGUUUGGUUGUAUUUUUUUUUUUUUGUGAUAAAUUUAUACAAACAUUGGUAGAAAACAUUAUUAUAGCUGUAAUCAAACGGUAGCAUACAAUUAUUAUAGAAUUUAGAAGUCAUUAAGCCAGAAAGUAAAUAAUAAACAUCUUGUUCAAUGGGGCACGGCCAAUUUUAAAAUCAUCAGUCUAGUUAAUCCAUCGAUCUAUAGCCACAACUUAUUUAAGCUCUCCCUAGUCCCUGUCAAAUUUGCUAAUAUUAAGCGGAGGCUUAGAUUGUAAUGGCUAGUGUAUUUUUAAUAAUGUUGCUUUUAUAAAAUCUUUAUAUUUUACUUAAAUUUUAAGAAAAUUAUACUUGCAUUUGUAACUAAAAUAAUAUAUUUUAAUCAUUAAA